AUGGCACAUAUUUCAAAAACAAUUAGUUCUAAAAUACUGAAUAAGUCAACACAUCGUUGUCUUAGCACAGCCGUAUCUCAGAUUAGGAUCUAUGAAGUGGGCCCGAGAGAUGGUCUUCAAAAUGAAGCUAAAUUUGUUCCCACUGAUAUUAAAAUAGAACUAAUAAAUAAAUUGGCAGCUGCUGGAAUAAAAGACAUUGAAUCUGCAAGUUUCGUUAGUCCAAAAUGGGUGAAACAAAUGAGCGACGGUGUGGACGUUAUGAAGAACAUUCCGAGAGUGCCAGGAGUAAACUACCCGGUGCUUGUGCCUAAUUUAAAAGGAUACGAUAUUGCAAAACAAUGCAACAUAGAAGAAGUGGCAAUAUUCCCAGCUGGGUCAGAGGCCUUCUCUCAGAAGAACUUAAACUGUUCUGUCGAAGAAGGUUUGAAGAGGUUCAAGUUGGUAGCUGAUCAAGCUGUCAAGGAUGGUAUCAGAGUGAGAGGCUAUGUAUCCUGCGUCGUUGGCUGUCCCUAUGAAGGCCCCAUACAUCCGAAAGGCAUCGCGAAGAUAACAGAACAGUUGUUCGAGAUGGGGUGCUAUGAGGUCUCCUUGGGGGACACCAUUGGCGUGGGAACAGCGGGAUCCGUCAAACGACUGAUGCGAGAAGUCCUAACCGUCGCAAAGCCUGAACAACUUGCUUUACACUUCCACGACACCUAUGGACAGGCUUUAUCGAACCUUGUGGCUGGAUUAGAGUUUGGAAUAAAAACUGUGGACUCGUCUAUCUCGGGGCUGGGCGGGUGUCCAUACGCGCGCGGUGCGAGUGGCAACCUGGCCACAGAGGACCUCGUCUACUUACUGUACGGACUGGGAGUCAACACCAACGUGGACCUCGUCAAACUCAUCGAGGCCGGACGAUACAUUUCCAACUUCCUCGGCAAACCUACCGAGUCGAAAGUCAACCGUGCUAUAAGCGAUAGGUUCAAAAAUCACAGUGAUAUUGUCAAAAUAGCCUCGUGCGAUAUUUGA